CCGGUACAAAUGGUCGCGCAUUUGGACCGAUCGGCACCGACCCGGGUUUUUUUUUUUUUAUUAAACGGGGUGCGUCACGCAGAAGCGGCAGACUGGAGACGGCUCUCUGCCUCUCUUCCCCCCCCAGGAGGCUGUGCCUCAAUCCCAGCCCCCUUUGUUCAGUGCAGCCGGCGGGUCGAGUCAGAGACGGAGGCUGAGCCAACCCGACCAAAACCACACCGCUGCGGGACCUCCCCCCCUCCCCCCCCCCCCCCACAACCAAGGCGACAACAAAGUUGAUUGUUGUUGUUUUUUUUGUAAGUGUUGCUGAUGCUGCGUUUUCCGUCGGCGACCCGCGUGCAAGCGUUCGGCCGCGCCUCCUCCCCGCGGGAGACGGGCAACGGACCGACGGCCUGACCGCCGAGCGCCCCCCCCCGGUACCGGCACCGGUCCGCCGAGCGUUCGCCCGCCGCCCAGCUGAUCCACGCGGACUCUCCCGUCCCAGUAUUUCCGCUCAGCAUCCAUAUUUGCAUCCCAGGGAGUGGCAGCCACUGAUUCCCCCCCCCCUUCCUCCUCCUCCUCCUCCUCCUCCUCCUCCUCCGCUCCUUUUCCCGACGCCGAAAGUUGAGCCCUCGGACGCUGUUAUUUCCUCGCAGAAAGACUCAACAUGGAGAGCUACGACAGCCGCCGCUCCCCCCUCUAGUGCCUUCUCCCUCCGCCCCCCCCACACACCCCCCGUCCCGCCGAGGAGCGCCCCGGGUUCUGCUUACAGCAGGAUGAACAUGCUCAAGUCCAGUGGCCUGAAGAUCCCCGGCCGGGGGCCCAAGCAUUCCAGCCCAGGGGGCAGGACGUCCAGCCCCGUCCUCCCUAAAGACAACACUCCGCUCAAGCCCACCACCCCGACUAAAAUCGCCGAAGAGGGCGACGAUGUUUUGGGGGAUUACGCAGUGGGCGAGCAGGUCUGGGUCAACGGGGUCAAGCUCGGGGUCAUCGCCUACCUGGGGGAGACCCAGUUUGCCCCGGGGCAGUGGGCAGGCGUGAUUCUCAAUGACCUGGUUGGCAAAAACGACGGGUCAGUGGGCGGCGUGCGCUACUUCGAGUGCCAGCCCCUGCAGGGCAUCUUCACGCGGCCCUCCAAGCUCAACCGACAGCCGGUCGGCGAGGGGAGCGACAGCCACUCCACCGAGUCCUUCUCCGCGCAGAAUCACGCCCAGCAGGGCGGCAACGGCGGGCCCCCCCCGGGCCAGAGGGCGGCGGUGACGCUGAGGGAGGGCCUGCUCAACAGCGCGGUGAAGACGGGCUACGAGUCCGGCUCCAACAUGUCGGACAGCGGCUCGGUCAAGGGUUCGGUGAAGAAAGGUGGCGAUAAGGAUCUUCGAGUUGGAGACCGAGUUUUGGUGGGAGGCUCCAAGAUGGGAGUCAUUCGCUACAUGGGAGAGACCGACUUUGCCAAGGGCGAAUGGUGUGGGGUCGAGCUGGAUGAGCCCCUGGGGAAGAACGAUGGCGCUGUGGCCGGUACAAGGUACUUCCAGUGCCUCCACAAGUUCGGCCUGUUUGCUCCGGUGCACAAGGUGAUCCGCAUCGGCUUCCCCUCCACCAGCCCGGCCAAGGCCAAGAAGAGCAAGCGGAUGGCCAUGGGGGUCUCCUCUCUGGCCCACAGCCCCAGCAGCUCCUCCAUCAGCUCCGUCAGCUCGGUGGCCUCCUCCGUGGGGGGUCGGCCGAGCCGAACUGGACUGCUGACCGAGACGUCGUCUCGCUACGCCCGCAAGAUCUCUGGCACCACCGCGCUGCAGGAGGCCCUGAAGGAGAAGCAGCAGCACAUCGAGCAGCUGCUGGCCGAGCGGGACCAGGAGCGGGCCGACAUGGCCAAGGCCACCAGCCACAUCUGUGAGGUGGAGAAGGACCUGAGCGUCCUCAAGGUGCAGCACGUGCAGUAUGUAACGGAGAACGAGGGCAACCUGCAGCAGGUCAAAGCCCUGCUGGCCAGCACACAGAAGGACAAACUGGAACUGGCCAAUCAGCUCGAAGAAGAGAAAAGGAAAGUAGAGGACCUGCUGUUCAGAGUGGAGGAGGAAUCCAUCACCAAAGGAGACCUGGAGGGAGGAUGCUCUCAUGGCGCAGUGUCCUCGAGGUUGGGUAAGAGAACCAAGACCACGGUCGAGGAGCAGAGCCGCAUCGUGCAGCUGGAGGAGGAGCUCAGCCUCCGGAGGGCCGAGAUGGAGAACCUCCAGGCCAAACUGAGGGGGGCCGACGCCAGCUCGCAGGGCGGCGGCGGCGAAGCGCGGCCGGAGACCCCGGCGCCGGAGAGCGGCGAGCUGGAGGAGAAGAAGUACGAGGCGGCGCUCGCGGCCAGCCGGCAGGAGGUGGACUCCGUGAAGGCGGAGCUGGAGAAGAGGAGCCAGGAGGUCGGAGAGAUGAAGCAGAAGGUCCAGCAGGCCACCAAGGAGAACGUGGAGAUGAUGGACACGUGGAAGGGGAAGUUUGAGACCUUAUCGAUGGACCACCAGCGCUCCUUGGAGGAACUGAAAGCGUCGUUGAGUAGCGACCACCCGACUCCAGAGAAGGACGCCCAGGAGCUGAGGGCCACUCUGGAGAGCCUGAAGAUGGAGCACCAGCUGGAGGUGGAGAACCUCAAGGCCAAGCACAAGAUCGAAGCCGCCAUUCUGAGCAAGGAGCGCGAAGACUUCUGCACCCGCCUCCAGGAGGCCAAAGAGCAGCUGGCCGAGGGCCACCAGGCGUGGAGGGCCGAGGCGGAGGCCAGCGGCGGCAAGCGGUCCCUGGAGGAGGCCACCGAUAAGCUGCAGAAGGCGGAGCAGAGGCUGGCGGAGAUGGAGAAGCUGCGCGCGGAGCGGGACAGAAGCACGGAGCAGCUGAGGGAGCGGCUGGAGCUGUCGGAGAAGAAGAUGGCCGGCUACCAGGCCAUGCAGAAGGCCCAGGCGGAGAGCCAAGAGGAGAUCCGGGGCCUGGAGGAGAAGCUGAGGGUGACGGCCAACCAGCUGCAGGCCAUCCAGGCCGACCGCUACACGAGCCGCGACGCAGACGUGAUCGAGGAUAAUGACAUUUCAGACGAGAAGAUGAAGCUGAAACAGAAUUUCGAAGAAACAAUGGAGAAGUUGCUGAAAAGGGAGAAAGAGGUCUCCACUCUCGCUUCCCAGGUGGAGGCCCUCAAGAGCCAGACGGGAGCGCUGGAGGCCAAAGUUCGCUCGGGGGAAAAGAAAGCCGAAGCCAUGGCCAGGGAGAAGAUGCGUUUGGAGGCGGAGCUUGAGUCCAUGACCAGGAAGUCCCAUGAUGCCUCUGGGCAGCUGGUCAAUAUCAGCCAGGAGCUGCUGAAGAAAGAGAGGAGUCUGAACGAGCUGAGGGUGCUGCUCCUGGAGUCACACCGCCAUUCCCGCGACGUGGAGAAAGACCUGAACCGAGAGGUGCACAAGGCCGAGUGGAAGGUGAAGGAGCAGAAGCUCCAGGACGACAUCAAGAGCCUGCGAGACAAACUGCUCCUACUGGGGCAGGAGAGGUCUUCACCGGACCACCGGCGGUACUCCAUGCUGGACCCCUCGGUCCUGGACUCGGAGGUGAGCCGCCUGCGGCAGCGGCUGCUCAGCACGGAGGACGCCCUGAGGAACGCCAUGGAUCACAACCAGCAGGUGGACCAGCUGGUCCUGGCCAUGCGCAGGCAUCCGGACAAGAGCCCGGCGCAUGGUGCCAAUUCAGCCAACGGAAUUCAUCACCAGGAGUCGGGCAGUGCUCGAGAUGAACAACACUGAUGGGAGCAGAAGAGACGAGACUGAACCGGGACCCGCGGAGCUCCGCCUCCGGCCUCGUCCUGGUCCUCGUCCUGGUUCUGGUCCUCGUCCUGGUCCUGGUCCUCGUCCUGGUCCUGGUCCGCCAGGCGCCCGGAGAAGAUCUCCGUUUGCAGUUAAAAUACCAAAACAGCGAAUCUGUUGUCUCGAGUGAAUUUGUGUGUCUGUUACAGAACCACCAACUGGGGACGUGGACACCGGGGGGGGGGGGGGGGGGGGGGUUGCAGCUCCUCAGACUUUUUGAUGCUUUACAGUAGUUAGACAAAUUUCAAAUUCGCACGUUGCCGGGAACUCUGUGACAAAGGUGGAUUUUUGAAUCGGAAAGCAAACCGCUGGUGGACAACGAUGUGAAGAGCUGAAGAAACUGGGUCCUCCGUCGCUCUGUUUGUUUUAUUUAUUACUUUUACUCAGCUUGGUUUUAAUCCUCUCGGCCAGUGAUGCUGUUAUUUCCAGGGAGUUCGACUCAUUCGUCGCUUUCUUCUGCUUUCGUGUACAAUAUGACGAGUCAUGUGGGUUAAUGGAAGUAUUAAAAAGGCCCUUUAAAGUG